AUGAGCUCCUUCGACCUCCCAGCUCCCGCAUCUCCUCGCUGCAGCCCCCAGUUCCCCAGCAUCGGCCAGGAGCCCCCCGAGAUGAACCUGUACUACGAUAGCUUCUUCCACCCACAGGGGGUGUCCAGCCCUCAGCGCCCUCCCUCCUUUGAGGGGGGCAGCGAGUAUGGGACCACCCCUAACCCCUACCUCUGGCUCAAUGGGCCGGCCCUCACCCCACCACCCUACCUGCCGGGUGGCCCCAAUGCCAGCGCCUUCCUGCCUCAGGCCUACGGGGUACAGAGGCAGCUAUUGCCCAGUGUGGCUGGCCUGGGAGGCAGCGAGCUAGGCUGGCUGCCCAUCCCAUCGCAGGAGGAGCUGAUGAAGCUGGUGCGUCCCCCUUACUCCUACUCAGCCCUCAUCGCCAUGGCCAUCCACGGGGCACCUGACAAGCGCCUCACCCUGAGCCAGAUCUACCAGUACGUGGCUGACAACUUCCCCUUCUACAACAAGAGCAAAGCUGGCUGGCAGAACUCCAUCCGCCACAACCUGUCCCUCAACGACUGCUUCAAGAAGGUUCCCCGCGACGAGGAUGACCCUGGCAAGGGCAAUUACUGGACCCUCGACCCCAACUGUGAGAAGAUGUUUGACAAUGGGAACUUCCGACGGAAGAGGAAGCGGAAAUCAGACGUGUCCUCUGGAACAAACUCAUCGACCUCAGAGAAAACAGAGACAAGCCUGGUGGGGGAUAGCACCAAAACCGUGGAGGCCCAGGACAUCUUGGACAGCACCUCACCGGGCACCGACAGCUCCCCAGAGAAGCAUGCAUCCCCUCCCCCACCGGGCACCCCAUGCCUCAACAACUUCCUCUCUAGCAUGACAGCCUAUGUGAGCUCUUCAGCACCUUUGAGCCGCCCCACAACCACGCCAGGACUGAACGCUGAGCCUGCCGAUAAGAUGGGGCAGAACCUGCUGAACUUCAAUGCCUACACUACCCCCCUCACCAACCUGGGCAGCCACGGGGGUGGGGGUGACUGGGCCAACCCCAUGCCCACCAGUGCCUUGGGCUAUGGAAGCUCUGUGCUCAACCAGUUCGGCCCUCAUUUCUACAACAGCAUCAACACCAACAGUGCCCUCUACUCCCGAGAGGGUUCUGAGGUCUAG